UCCAAAUGGAGAGUCCCGAGUCCCGAGUCCCCACACCCAGCCAGCUCGUUUUCACUUCCGCUCAACUCAUUACUUACUUUCAUAUGUUCCGCAUGCGCGACCCUUCUUCCUCUCCCUCUCCUCUCCCUAACCAAAUUUGGCCAACUGCUUUACUACUCUCACAAACCACCUUACUUAAUUAAAAAGAAAUUUGGCCCCGUUGACUGGAAGUGGCGGAGGGGUAGAUGGAUGUAGCAUUCGGGGCGGCGGUGGUGUUGGUGGCACUAGCAGUGAUGAUGAGAAGCUGCGAGUCAGAUCCAAACGACGAGGCGUGCCUGAGGCACCUAGCGAAGUCGUUAGAGGAUCCAAACAGAUCCCUACAGAAUUGGAUAGAAAAGAAUCUGGAAAAACCCUGCAACGACUCACUAUCCAACCUGCAAGGGGCAACCUGCAACAACGGCCGCAUCUUGAGGCUCUCCCUCAACAACCUCUCUCUCAGAGGAACCAUCUCUCCCUUCCUCUCCAACUGCACCUACCUCCAAUCACUCGACCUCUCCUCCAACGCCCUCUCCGGACCCAUCCCUCCCGACAUCCAGUCCCUCGUCAACCUCGCCGUCCUCAACCUCUCUUCUAACCAACUCCAGGGCCAGAUCCCGCCACAGCUCACAAUGUGCGCCUACCUCAACGUCAUUGACCUCCAUGAUAACCUCCUCACUGGUCCCAUUCCCCAGCAAUUGGGCCUCCUCGUCAGGCUCUCCACCUUCGAUGUCUCUAAUAACAGGCUUUCCGGGCCCAUACCGCCUUCUUUGUCCAACAGGACCGGCACUCUGCCCCGCUUCAACGCUACCUCCUUCUUGGGGAACAAGGAUCUCUACGGCUACCCUCUUCCGCCCAUCAAGACCAGGGGCCUCUCUGUUUUGGCCAUUGUUGGGAUCGGACUCGGGAGUGGCCUUGCCAGCCUCGUCCUCAGCUUCACUGGGGUUUGCAUAUGGUUGAAAGUCACGGAGCACAAGAUGGCUCUCGAUGAAGGCAAAAUCAGUCAGCUCAUGCCUGAUUAUUGAUUCUUCCGUAUAUACUAAUGCUCUCUUUCUUCCCAACAUUCAAUUCCAUAAUGUUCCAAAUCCAAGGUAUCUUUGAUUGAACUUCAUUCUUGUCCUCCAAUCAUGGAUGCUAUUCUUCGCCUCAACCCAACCCAACAAAAAAAAAAAAAGAAAGGAAAAAGGAAUUUCCCUGUAGCUUUUUUUUUUCUCUCUAAUUUAGUGGUGAGGUGUGGCCUACCCCUUAAUUUUCUCUUUCUUGGUACCUAUGGGUCGUUUCAGAUUGUUGUCUUUUACCGAUCACGGGCCAUGGGGGGCAUAUACAUAUAGACGUGCAUAAAUGGAAACAGCAUCAAACACAGUUGUAGGGUGCAGCAGCCAGCAUGGUAGCUUUAAUUUUUGAGUUCCUUGAUUUUCGUUAUCUUUGUAAAUUGUAACAUUAAGUAAAAGGAUGAUGAUGAUGAUUAUAGUGCGUUGGUUUUGGUUGGCACAUGGCACUAUGGCAGGGGUGGUAGGGUAGGGUAGUGGUACGGCUACAGGAAGCGCCGUUUAACUGCGAACUUGUCUCUCUGCCACAAUGCUAUAACACAAACACCUAGACUGCAAUUUUCUAUUCUCUAAUUUCUGAUUUUCUAUACUAAAUAUUUGUAUUCAAAGGGCCGAUUUUUUCCUUUUUCGCUGGUGGAUUCAGACUCGUUUUCCACAUAAUAACUUAUUAGCCCAACGUCAACAUACUUUCACGUGCCUAUAUAUUUUUGUUUUUGAAUUGAUCGUAACAGCACAUUAUGAGAUAAUUUCACAUUAAUGGUGUGUUUGUUUGAGAUGAAAAUGAGAGGAAGGAAAAGGAAGGGAAAAAAAUUGGAAGAAAAAUAGUUAUUUUCCCUUGUUUGGUUGAGGAGAGAAAUGGGAGAGGAAGGAAAAUGGAUGGAAAAAUAUUAGUGGGGUCCACUAAUUUUUUUUCCCUCCAACAAUGGAGAGAAAAUGGAGAGAAAACUAAUUCUCUCUCUCUA